GAGGGAUAAUAUAACUGUUGCAGACAUAUUUCUCGAGCAAGGUCAGAUUCAAAUCAUGAAUUCUAUAGGCCGUGAGUGUUACAGUCGGAGUGAAAACUCACCCUCCUCCUUCUUCUUGUCCAAAUUCACCGUCUCAAGCACCAAAAAUAAAUUCACUGCAGUUGGUUGCGACACUUCCGCCAUUGUUCGUGGCUUUACAGAUAGCAAUACGCGGUACAGCUCCGGUUGCCUAUCCAUAUGUGACGGGAAUUAUAGUGUUGCAGAAGGUUCCUGUUCUGGCACCGGCUGUUGUCCGACUUCGAUCCCAAAAGGGCUACUGAGCCUGAAUGUAACGGUAAGUAGCUAUUCCAAUAAUCGGAAUGUAACGCAAUUCAGUCUAUGUGGCUUUGCGUUUGUGGUCGAAGAAAGUAAGUUCAACUUCUCGUCAUCCUCUUUUCAAGGUCUGCGUACAACAGAUAAAAAGAUUCCUCUGGUGCUUGAUUGGACUAUUGGAGAUCGGACUUGUGAGAUGGCUCAAACGAACAUGACCCAGGACGGAGUUAAGAUUUUUGUUUAUUUGGAACUAAGCUAA